CUUUUCAAUGAAUAGCAAUAAAUGCUUGUGGAAUCAGUGAGUUUUGUAACAUAUCAAGAAAUUUACCGGUUAGGAAAUAUUUUUGUGUGUGUGAAAUUGCUUUUUAAUAUAAUACUUGAUAAUAAUUUUAGUUCUGGAAAUAGUUUGCCUUGUUCUAUAAAAAAUUUGAGGUGAUGUCUUAGAAUCAUAUGAUAAAAUUAUGUCAAUACACGCAGAAUUUUUAAAUUACCAGGAAAAAAGAAUACCACAAAUAGAUUAUAAACUCAGCAUAGUUUCUAUAAUUAACUUUCAAAUUUGGUUUUGAGUUCCCUAGUAGUCAAAGCAAAAUGGUAUACAGGAUCUUAUUAUUUGGGAAGCGGUGGUAUAUCAGUUACCCAAAGGAAGCUUAGCUUUUCUUAGCACUAAAUUCUAAAAGCAAUUUCCUAUGUGAGUCACUGUCACAAGUAACAUUUUAGUAGCAAGUUUAGUAACAUUUCAUAUGACUGCAUCUGACAGUGUCAUCCAAUGAGUUGUUUUUAUGUAGAAAUGAACAAGAGUGUGGUAAAUAACUAUACAUUUUAUUUUUACAGGAAUCGUGGGAAAACAGAAUGAGGCAUAAUCAGCUGUGUUGUGAGACACCACCUACUGUCACUGUACAUGUAAAAUCAGGGUCAAAUAGAUCACAUCAGGCUAAAAAACCCAUUAAUCUGAAGCGUCCUAUUUUUAAAGAUAGUUGGCCAACAUCUGAAAAAAAUGCAUAUAAUAGCAACAAGUCUAAACGCCCCAAAGGACCCUGUCUAGUUAUACAGCGUCAAGAAAUGACUGCUUUCUUUAAAUUAUUUGAUGAUGAUUUAAUUCAAGAUUUCUUAUGGAUGGACUGCUGCUGUAAAAUUGCAGACAAGUAUCUUUUGGCUAUGACCUUUGUUUAUUUCAAGAGAGCUAAAUUCACUAUAAGUGAGCAUACCAGGAUAAAUUUCUUUAUUGCUCUGUAUCUGGCUAAUACAGUUGAAGAAGAUGAAGAAGAAGCCAAAUAUGAAAUUUUUCCAUGGGCUUUAGGGAUAAACUGGAGAAAAUUGUUCCCUGAUUUCUUAAAGUUAAGGGACCAACUCUGGGAUAGAAUUGACUAUAGGGCUAUUGUAAGCAGGCGAUGCUGUGAGGAGGUUAUGGCCAUUGCUCCAACUCAUUAUAUAUGGCAACGAGAACGCUCUGUGCAUCACAGUGGAGCUGUUAGAAACUACAACAGAGAUGAAGUUCAACUGCCCCGGGGACCUAGUGCCACACCAGUAGAUUGUUCACUCUGUGGCAAAAAAGGAAGAUAUGUUAGACUGGGAUUGUCUUCAUCAUCGUCUUCAUCCAGUGAUACAGCAGAGGUGGUGGAGAAACAUUCUCAGGAAUCACACAACUCAUUCUCAAUGGACAUAAUAGUUGAUCCUUCUCAAGCUUAUAGCUAUUCUCAAGUAACCAAUGACCAGCAAUCAAACAAAGAAAAGAAAACUAAUUUCAUGAAGAAAGACAAAUCUAUGGAGUGGUUUACAGGAAGUGAAGAAUGA